AUGCAGUGCAUUACCAUCACCCAGACUCCGGACCCUCCUACCCGGGACUUCCCUUCGUCGGCGGACGUUCCGGCUGAGCUGCCGCCGGCCAAGGAGAUCAAACUCCAUCCCUCGGCCUCUGGGGAGGAGAAUGCGUCACUAUUCUUUGUGGGGACGGCGACGACGAUCAUGUUCGUGCGAAAUCCUCCCGACCAUUUUGACCAAAAGGUCGAGGCCUCCCUGCGCCGGGACCUGCCCAUCAUCACCACCCCGCAUGCGCAGGCCCAUCUGACAGCCAAGGGCGCGGACUCGUUCACCUGCGUAUCUGCAUUGAAUCCGUUCGAGCAAGUCUUCGUUGAGAUUAACGGCGCGCUAGCCAAGAGACGAGGCAAACACGCUCGACUGCGCGUCACCGGCAUGCCGGGGAAGCACGUCCCGCCUACGAACGGCUGGAUGCUCGAACUAGGGCACGGCGCGCCUGGCACAGCCAACUUUGAAUGCGGCUACCGCAUCUACAUCUCAGGCGACACGCUGAUGGUCGACGAGCUGAAAGAGAUCCCGCGGCGGUAUGCCGGGCAGCAGAUUGAUCUGAUGCUGGCGCAUCUGGGCGGGACCAUGAUCCCGUCGCCCGCGAUGGCGCCGUUGGCGUUGAUGGUGACCAUGGAUGCCGAGCAGGGAUUGCAGCUGAUGCAGUUAAUUCAGCCGGAUAUCACCAUCCCCAUCCACUACGAUGAUUAUGAAGUGUUUGCCAGUCCGUUGGCUGACUUUGUAAGGGUGGUGGAAGAGGCAGGGCUGCAGGGGAAAGUGGUGUAUUUGGAUCGACGGGAUCAGUAUCGGUUUCGGCAAAUGCCCCGCCAUCUGACGGGACUGUUCCCCCCCCUUGAACGCUUUUCUACCUCUUUUCCUUUCUCUUCUCACCCCUCGGCCACAGUGAUGCCCUUGUUUAGCAGGAAGCCCAAGUCCCCUGCCCAGCAUCCUUCGCCUGUCUUCCUGUCUUCCGAUUCUCUGUCUUCCGACGCCCAACAACCCCCGCCCGACGAACCGUACGCGCGCCACCCCACCGACCUUGACGCCGCAUACGAGGACAGGCUGGCCCCUUCUUCCCCGACUGCUACCGUCGACCCGGCCUUGCCGUCACCUUCUUUGCAGCGUUCUCUCAGCCAGACCCAGCCCCACUUGAAGGAUCGCGACCGCCCGACCAGCACUGUUGUCACCCCUGACCACGCCCAGUCUCGUCGUCUCAAAAAGCAUCGUUCGCCAUCCGCUCUUUUAGGGCGCAGUGUGACCGUCAGCGUUCGAGGCAAACGGAUUUCACAUCCUAUUUCGCUCCCAACCUCCCCGCGUUUCCCUCCUUCGCCCUCUCCUCCCUUUGACGAGGACCAAUACCAGUAUUCUAUGCCACAACACGGCCGCUCCCUUGAGGCCACGCAACUUUAUGAGCCCCGGUCUGCCUCACUAGCCUACCAGCAGAAGCACCAGCAAACCUACCGGGGUCUGCGUUCACCACAGCCGACCCACGCGGACCAACCACAAUAUCAACAACAACAAGAACAACAAACUGAAUCUCCCCCGCCGCUUCACCGUUCCAGCACCGACCCAACGCUGCUCGAGCAAUUGCGCCGCCCAUCCCCAAUCAAGUCGGACCUCGAACUACACCCAGCUCACCGGCAGGACCGUUCAACCCUGAGUGCACGGUCCCCUUCCCGGCAGACUCCCGAGCCAGCUUCCCCGUUACGUACCCAGACUGUUCCUGACGCGAUGCAGCAGGCGCAACCACAGCAGCAGCAGACGCCUCCAGGGCCAGUGUCGGACGAGCGGCGCGCGGGCACGCCUUCGCAGGACUCGGGUCGUCGCGCCAGCGUCAAUCCCACGAUGCCAACCGAGGCGGACCGCAGAACGCCCACAAACGUGAAUGCCAAUUCGUCCAAUGCGAGCCGGAGUCGUGAGGACAUUUCGGAGCUGGAUGUUCGUGCUCUGAUACAGAAACAUGACGAGCUGCAAGAGGCCAAAUACUCCAAGGUCAAACGGUACUACUUCGACAAGGAAGCGCAGGUGCAGCACCUUCAGAACACCGUGGCGCACCAGCGCAUGGCGGUGUCGCGUACCGUGCUGGAUGACAACGAGUACACCAACCGAUUCCAGCGACUGGACGGCGCAAUCAAGGACCUCGCCUUCUCAGUGCGCAAGGAAUGGUGCGGUAUUCCGCACUGGCUGCACGGCUAUGUCACUGAAGAUGCGGUCGACAAAGGAACGAAAGAAAUGACGGCGUUGGGACGCGCCGUGAUCAGCCGAUGGCUGGUGGAGGAGGUGUUCCAGCGACAUUUCCACCCAGCCCUGGAGCCGAAUCUGAGCCUGCAACUAAAGAGCCUCGAGAUGAACCUGCGGCGACAGGGGACGCAUCCGCAGUCGGAAGAGGACCGCGAGAACAUGGCGGCGCGACUGUCCAACUGGCGCCGCACGACUUUUGACGGUCUGGGUGAUUCUCUCGUUGGCCCUGCAGCCGAAGCCCACCGCGCCGACCUUGUUGAACAUCUGGUCGCGCAGCUUACUUCUUUCCUCAGUGGACAACUGCACGAAUCCGGCCUACCGGGUUUGGAGGCGGGUGUGCGCAUGAUCAUCGAGAACACGAUCAACAUCGCCGAGAAGAUCCCGCUCGAAGCCCGCGACGUGUGCGUCGAGUAUUUCCCUCCCGGGGUCCCCAUUCAAGACGCGUACAUGAAGGUCGAACCCGGUUUGCCGCCGCUGGCGCAUAUCCCACAGGCGCCGCGCCUGUCCGUGGAGCAGGAACACGAGGAACACAAUGCUGCAGGGGCACCGGUGGAAGCCGACUCGUCAUCCGGAUCAAAUUCGAACCCUGGAGCAGUCGCAGGAGAUGCUGCCUCACCUGUGCAUCCUCACCGCAAGAGGCCAUCCAUGCUCGGGGCGUUGAUGGGCCACCGCAAGCCGGCUAGUGGGCCGAGUGGUCGAUCUGCGACUGAGUCGGACGACAAGGCCGAGAGUGUACCGCGCAUUCGGUUUGCGGGCUUUGUCGCCGUCGAAGUGCGCAAUAAGGGGCCUUUGAUGAAUGUGUUGAAUAAGGCUCCGGUGUGGUUACUCGAGUAG